AUGUUCGGCUUCCAUCUCAGCUACCAGUGGCUUCACUAUACUCGACCUUCAGGACCUCCAUCUCCAAUCCCUCAAGGCCUCGAACGUCACUGGGUAAACACACCCCAAGGCCGAAUCGAAGUUCUCUCCAACACCCCCUCCAUCACCAAGAAGUUCAAUGGCCCUCCCAUAGUCUUCUGCCACGGCGGCAUGGGCUGCGCAUGGGUAUGGACAGAAUACAUGCAGUAUCUGGCAGCACGUGGUGUUCAAUGCUAUGCCGUUUCGUUGCGCGGCCACGGCGAAUCAUGGCAUCCAUCGUAUUUCCGCAUGGUCUUUGCAACGCCUCGAAGUGCUUUGGCUUCCGACCUCGUUGCGGCUAUAGAGUGGGUGCAGAUCAGGGAAGAGAGUGAGGUUAUGCUUGUUGGACAUUCAAGUGGUGGUGGUUUGAGCCAAGACGUUCUUAGCGACGGGGUAGCGAAUGUGAAAGCACUUGCUUUGCUGGGUGCAGUCCCAGGAUUUGGAUCAAUAGGCGUGUACAUGAAUUGGUGGAAGAUGGAUCCAUGGUUCACCAUCCGAAUGAUCUUCCAUCUCUGGCACUCCAAUUCACCGCUAUCCCACCCAAAGCUCACUCAAAGAGCUUUCUUUGGCGACAAGUUUCCUCUCUCAGCCGUCAUCCCGUUCCAACGUCACAUGAACCGCUACGAGAGUUACCUGUGGCCUUUUAGCAUGAUGUACAGCUUCACAUCGCCAUCAAACAUCUUGAACCAUAUCCGUAAUGAUGGCGCCAGUGGUGAAAAGGUACUUGUCAUGGCAGGUACUCAAGAUAAGCUGAUGACUGGUCCUGUGACGGAGAAGACAGCGACAUUUUAUCGUGAGGCUGGAACUGCUAAGCGAGACGGUGUAAGAUUACGAUUCGUCGAGGGAGCAGGACAUCAUUUACAGAAUGAUGUUCAAUGGGAAGACGGCGCAGAGAAGUUGUUUGAGUUUUAUAAAGGCAUUGCUUGA